GGUCGAGUUCAUCUCUUCCGAUAUUGUAGGGAUCGUUUUUGAUCAGCACAUUUUUUCGAUAUUUUCAACCCUAAUAUAUAUAGCCCCAAUAAUACUCAGUUUCUCUAUCAAAUUUUGAGACUUUUGGUGAAUUUUUAUAAACCUUUUUUAUUUUUUUUGCUCCUCUUCAGAAUUUUUGUAACUUUUUAGGCAACUCAUUAUCGGAAUUUUCACUUGUUUAGGCUUUGACGUUCUCCUCUGUUAUUAUUAGCUCUAUAUCACUGAUUAGGGAGAUUUAUGGGUUGAUCUAUAACUUGAGAAUCCUCUCGAUCAUACAAAUACAACGCCGUUGAUCGCUCGGAAUUGGCUCGGUGAAUUAAUUGAUGUUCGAAGACGUCUAUAAUCAUUUCCUAUAUACCACGACUGCCCGCGACUUGCAAACCUUCUCCAACGUUGGUUUACGUCAGAUGAAGCAAACACAAGAUGGGGAAAGUUCGCCACGAUUCAGGAUCAGACGAUGAAACUUCAAUAGAUAAAUCUUUUACUAAAGGUCCUUGGACACAAGCAGAGGACAACCUUUUGAUAGCUUAUGUUGAUAAACAUGGUGAUGGAAACUGGAACGCUGUUCAAAAACAUUCAGGCCUUUCUCGUUGUGGUAAAAGUUGUCGCCUUCGUUGGGUGAAUCAUCUGAGACCGGAUUUGAAAAAAGGCGCUUUUACAGAGAAAGAAGAGAAACGUGUUAUCGAACUUCAUGCUUUGUUAGGAAACAAAUGGGCACGAAUGGCUGCAGAACUGCCGGGACGAACAGAUAAUGAGAUCAAGAACUUUUGGAAUACAAGACUUAAGAGAUUACAACGACUUGGUUUACCGGUUUACCCCGAUGAAGUUCGAGAGCAAGCGAUGAAUGCAGCGACACAAUCUGGUCUAAACACUGAUUCUUUGGAUGGUCAUCAUAGUCAAGACUCUUUGGAGGCAGAUUGUGUUGAGAUCCCUGAAUUGGAUUUCCAGCAUUUACCGCUUAAUCAAUGUUCUUCAUACUACCAGUCGAUGCUUCGCAAUGUUCCUCCCACUGGCGUCUUUGUGAGACAAAGACCGUAUUUCUUUCAGCCGAAUAUGUAUAACUUGAUAACAACACCUCCUUACAUGUCUACCGGCAAACGUUCUAGAGAACCAGAAACCGCAUUUCCGGGUGGAUAUGGAAUGAACGAGCAAAGCCCUCCGCUUUGGAACUAUCCUUUUGUUGAGAACAUUUCAGAACAGUUACCGGAUAGUCAUUUGUUUGGCAAUGCUACUUAUUCUUCUUCUCCUGAACCUCUUAUUCAAGGGGUGGAGAAGUUGGAGCUCCCUUCUUUCCAAUAUCUUGAAGAGCCUGGCGGUUGGGGAGCAGAACAAUCUGACCAAAUGCCGGAACAUCAUGAGUCAGAUAACACUUUGGUCCAAUCUCCUCUGACAGAUCAUACACCAUCAGAUUGUCCAUCAUCACUCUAUGAUGGAUUGUUGGAAUCAGUUGUAUAUGGAUCAUCAGGUGAAAAACCGGCAACCGAUACCGACUCAGAGUCUUCACUUUUUCAGUCCUCUCUACUUGGUCACACCGAGUUUACACCAGCCAAUGAAAACAGAACAGAUUUAGGUUCAACUUCUUCAAAUGAGGGACGCAUAUCCUUUGAUGGUGAUUGGAUAAGCCUACUUCUCGGUGAGGAUAGAUAUAGCACCAAGUAGAAGAGGUUUCUUUGGAAGGCAUAAUUUAUAAAGUGCUGAUAUCUCUCGUUUGCAUAAUUAAUUUCUUAUUAUGCGUUGAGUAGAUUAGUCAUGUCUUUAGAUAUAUCAGUACUCUAGCUACCAAAAAUAACUAGCAAAUAGGUUUUUUUUUUAUAAGCAACGCAUCAUUGUAGUCGCGGGAUUUUAUAAGUAAGUAUACUCAACUAAUGAGAUGGUGAAAUAAUGUAAGAGUUUAUGUA